CCGGCGCGGCGAGCGGCGCGGCGGAUGGAGAGUCUGGCCGCGGCCAGCGGCGCCGCCUCCUCGUCGCGCCGGGCACGGCGGGCCGGGGCCUUUGUGUGAGGCGGCGUCGGCGAUGGUGCUCGGGCCCCGCGGAGCCGGAUGAACUGUGCUGAUUAGGAGGCAACUUCCUAGAAGCUGCUAAAAUGGGCAUGAGGAUCAAGCUGCAAAGCACCAACCACCCCAACAACCUGCUGAAAGAACUCAACAAGUGCCGGCUGUCGGAGACCAUGUGCGAUGUCACCAUCGUGGUGGGGAGCCGGUCCUUCCCGGCCCACAAGGCCGUCCUGGCGUGCGCAGCCGGCUACUUCCAGAACCUCUUUCUCAACACGGGGCUUGAUGCUGCCCGGACCUACGUGGUGGACUUCAUCACCCCUGCUAACUUCGAGAAGAUUCUGAGCUUCGUGUACACCUCCGAGCUCUUCACAGACCUGAUCAACGUCGGCGUCAUUUACGAGGUGGCCGAGCGCCUGGGGAUGGAGGACCUCCUCCAGGCCUGUCACGCCACCUUUCCCGACCUGGAGAACACCGCCGUUGCCAAACCCCUGAGCGGCACCAGUGACAGCCACUCCAGUGCGCUGAACUGUGGCUCGGUAGAACCCGCUCAUACCCUUGCAGAACUCCGUGGUAGCGGGGAGCACUUCGCCCCGGAUAGGAGCUACGUGUUGUCCGGCGAUGCCGGAGGAAACUAUAAAGAGGAAGAGAGAAGUGGCACCGGUGACACUAACCACAGCUUGUCUCUGCCGCAGCAGCCGCUGCCCCCAAAGACAGAAGAUCACGAUACGCCGGCUUCGUUCGCGUCCCUUCCUAGCGUGGGGCCACAGGCAGUCCUCAGCACGGUCAGUCUGGGCAUCCAGACCAGCACAGGCGCCUGCCUGCCGUUCAAGGUGCAGAGCAACGGCGACUUCAGUAAAAACAGCUGCUUCAUGUCCGACAGCGCCAUCGACAUUACCACGGGGGCCAACUCCUGCCUGAGCAAUAGCGACUCCUCGAAAGACCCGGGCUUUGGUCAGGUGGACGAGCUCCAGCUGGAGGAUCUGGGGGAUGACGACUUGCAGUUUGAAGACCCCGCUGAGGAAAUCGGCGCCGCCGAGGAGGUCAUUGAGCUGAGCGACGAUAGUGAAGACGAGCUGACUUUCGGAGAAAACGACAACCGAGAGAACAAGGCCAUGCCCUGCCAGGUGUGUAAGAAAGUCCUGGAGCCCAACAUUCAGCUGAUCCGGCAGCACGCGCGGGACCACGUGGACUUGCUGACAGGCAACUGUAAGGUGUGUGAGACCCACUUCCAGGACCGCAACUCUCGGGUGACCCACGUUCUGUCCCACAUUGGUAUUUUCCUCUUCUCCUGCGACAUGUGUGAGACCAAGUUCUUUACCCAGUGGCAGCUCACCCUCCACCGCCGGGACGGAAUAUUCGAGAACAAUAUCAUUGUCCACCCCAACGACCCCCUGCCCGGGAAGCUUAGUUUGUUUUCUGGGGCGUCCUCCCCAGAGUUGAAAUGUGCCACCUGUGGGAAGGCAUUGGCCAAAGAUUUCCAUGUGGUCCGGGGCCACAUCCUCGAACACCUGAACUUGAAGGGCCAGGCCUGCAGCGUCUGUGACCAGCGCCACCUCAACCUCUGCAGCCUCAUGUGGCACACGCUCUCACACCUCGGCGUUUCGGUGUUCUCCUGCUCCGUCUGCGCGAACAGCUUUGUGGAUUGGCAUCUCCUGGAGAAGCACAUGGCCGUGCACCAAAGCCUGGAGGAUGCCCUGUUCCGCUGCCACCUGUGUGGCCAGAGCUAUAAGUCGGAGGCGGCCUAUCGCUACCACGUCAGCCAGCACAAAUGCAACAGUGGCCUUGAGGUGCGGCCGGGCGUGGGGCUCCAGCACCCCGCUCUCCAGAAGCGCAAGCUGCCCGCCGAGGAGUUCCUGAGCGAGGAGCUGGCUCUGCAGGGCCAACCCGGGAACAGCAAGUAUAGCUGCAAGGUCUGUGGGAAAAGGUUUGCCCACACAAGCGAAUUUAACUACCACCGGCGGAUCCACACGGGCGAGAAGCCGUACCAAUGUAAGGUGUGCCACAAGUUCUUUCGAGGCCGCUCGACCAUCAAGUGCCACCUGAAGACACACUCGGGGGCUCUCAUGUACCGCUGCACGGUCUGCGGCCACUACAGCUCCACCCUUAACCUCAUGAGCAAACAUGUCGCUGUGCACAAAGGCAGCCUCCCGCCCGACUUCACCAUCGAGCAGACCUUCAUGUACAUUAUCCAUUCCAAAGAGGCAGAAAAAAACCCGGAGAGCUGACUGGGUCCCAACAGAGACCGGGGAACUCCCAGGAGGGAGCCUGGACGUUGAUUUGCUAAUGGCUGUUGGUCCCUCACCAGCCGGUUACAGUUUUGCCUUGCUAGGAAUUCGGUUCUGUCGUGUGUAAAGGAAGAAGAAAGAGCACAUAAGCUGUCACUGUUCUUGAGAAGCAAUGGACCUAUCAUGUUUACCUCCUUAUUCUCGCCCACGAAGGGCUUUUUUUUUUUUUUUCUCUUUUGAGGCAAAUACUGGGGUCUUGUUAGGCAUUUGGUGUCAACUAGAUCCCCUUUCCCAGCCUCUUGAGUUUUAGUUUACUGAUAGGUUUUAUGCUGCUAAGAUGCCAACCAACAGCCUCACUGAAUAGAGGAGGUGGAGAGAGGUUUUCUCUGUGGGUACUUCUGCCAGACUUCAACUGGGACAGCCAGCUCUUGGGAGCAUGUUGGGAAUAUGGUCAUUCAGAGACAGAUCAACAGGGCCCAAUGGUCACUAGUCCUUACCACAGAAAAGGCAGGAGGGUCGGAGGAGUCUGCCUGUUCCACAGUUUUAACCUGCUGAUGGAAAGUAGAAUAUUUUGACAGCUACAGCCCAACUGAGGACAAAGCUUUCUAUCUAGGUCACAAAGCUCUGGGCAUGAGUCCUUACCAGCCAGAAGAGCUGUCCUGCAGUGCUACCAGAACUGGUGGCCUGGAUGGGCGGGAAGGGAGCUCUUUUCUCCUCAUUUCCAAAGAAAAACUUUUAUAGAAUGAUGCCCAGGACACGAGGUCAUCUUUGUGAGGCAGAGAGGACAGGGAGCCACUUUGAUAGAGUCAUUUGUCAUUCUGGCCAUCUCUGUUGACCUUGCGUUUUCAGAUGGGGAGGCGGGGAUGUCUGCUAGCAGCCUUGCCUUAAUUCAGAUCCCGUCUCACAGAUGUGUUUGACCUCUCGUGUAGAUGAGAAGAUUCCAGGAGGUGGUGGAAUGGGGGACUGUGAUCCUUUCAGGAUUUAAAGCACCCGAGUAAUUGGCGUAUAGCAGGUUGCGCAGUAAUCUGUUUAUUCGAACCGGGCUUUUGUAGCUCUCUAUUGACCUGCUGGAAUUAAUUUAAUCGUGGCAUCUCCACCAGGGGGCACUCUUACACAGCAGCUGAUUUGGGCCCUCACUAGGUGAGUAGGGAACUUGACUCAGACCAGGUGGAUGGUUGGCUCUUGGUUGGCUUUUGAGGGGGGGAGGGGGCUUGCCCAAAGAAGGCUUGAGGGAGAGGGCCCUCAGAUUUUGCAUACUCACAAGGUGGCACCUCAGGACCUCAUACUACCUCAUUUUGCUCAAGUGAGCUCUGGGAGUUCCUGGUCUUGGCCCUGAACUACCUGGGGGGGCUGGACUCGGCGGCGCCCGGGCUGGUUCACAAGCAGGUGGUUUUAAUGAACCCACAAAGCCUUUUUGGAUGUUAAUAUUUAUUUAUUUUUGUUUUCGUAUACAUACUAUCCAGCAUCUCUUGGGUAAGAGAUUUCAGGAAAACGAGUCCUCCCUAGUGGGUAGGCGUAUUCCAGGGGAUGGUCCUGGCCAGAGACUUGGGAAGCAGAGUUGCAUGAGGGGAGAAUGUGCCAAGCUUUAAAGAAGCAAAUUCUUUUUUUUUUUCGGAGUCUCUUGCAGAACAGACCCAAGGAAUUCUUUAAGCAAAUGGAUUUAAGCUCUAGGAAGUUGAGCUUAUUAAGUCCCUUGUUAAAUUCCUAAGCCUUUUUGUCCCUGUUCCCUCUGGGAUGGAGUAGGUUGGGGACUGGGUGGUUGAGGGGGGUCAGAUCACACAGAAGUCCUCUUGGCUCAAGUCCUCAUCCUUCCUAAUCUUGGGAAGCUGAAUGCAGACAUCCAGGUGAAGCAAAACUCCAUCUUCGCUGGACCUGCUGCCCCUUCCCUAGCUCUCCACUUGAGGUACAUGGCUUUGUUGGGGUGACGGUUACCUGAAAACUUAGAUGAGUGGCCACCAGAUGGUUUCAUCAUUAAAACCCAACCCUUGGGGGCCAGAGAUGGCGUAGUAGGUAGGGCAUUUGCCUUGCAUGCCGCUGACCCUGUUUAGCUCCUUGGCACUGCAUAUGGUCCCCUGACCCUCAACCAGGAGUGAGUCCUGAACACAGCCAGGAGUAAACACUAAGCACCUCAAAAUGUGGCCCAGUAACCAAAGCAAAACAAAACACCCAGCUUGUUAAAUAAAUAUUCCUUUGGGAUAUUCUUGUCAAAGCAAUGCUGAGACUUCUCAUCCACGAUUAGCUUCUCCACUUCUGACGUGACGUACUAAGCUUUGCAAGGCUAAGGACUGACUUUUGAAUGCCUUUGAGAAUGCUGAAACUUGCAGCUGGCCAGGUGGCUGAGACGGGCUCAGUAAGCUAGGGCGACCUUUUUCCUAUGCAGAUGGCUUCGUGACGCUGGGUAAUAUGUAUACUUAACUUGAAACUGUGAAAUUUUCCCUUUUUUUGCCAGUAAACCAAAAAAGCAAUCCUUGAUACGUUGCCCUGUAACACUAAACACAUAACUGCACCCCCUGAUCUCUCCCUGAGGCCUCGUGUUUGAUCAGGAGGCCCAGUAGGUCCCAGACAUGUAGCAGGGUCAGUAGCUCAAGACGCUCAUUGUCUAAACCCUGUUCCUCUCUUUGUUCCCCAUAGUCACACCCGGACACUUACUCGUUCCCUGUCUCUGCAUCCAGCUUUCCUCCUCAAUUGCUUUACUUGAAACACGUUGCUGUUACAUUGUGGCUGAGGGUGCUCUAAAGUACCUGAUGGAAUAUAUUUGUCUGAUACUAAGUUUUAAGUUUUUUUUCAGUCUGUUCAUUUGCUUUUGUUGUUGGCUAUUCCGGGAGCCAGGUUUAGAACGGUCCCUUGCUAGGCUGUUUUGAGGUUCCCUUUCAUCCUUGAAUAUCUCAUUUUCAGUUCCCUCCCUCCCCCUCGCCUCUUUUGUACUCAGGACUGGCUACGUAAUUUAUAGAGCCCCUUUAAGAAUUAGUAAGAAUUCCAAGAUGCCAACUGUAGAGCAUUAAGCCAAGCAUGAGAUAACUCCCAGCCUGUUUAUUAAGGGAGAAGGUAAUACUUUCAUGGCACAGACAGACAGCAGACACUACAUGUGACCAGAGGAGGGAAUCAUUGUCUCGGACGUCUCGAACCCUAUUUCGCCGGGUGCUCCUGGGAUCACCGAGGCAACAGCACCCUGGGAAGCUCUGCUCUACCACGGUAUUUGGUUCUAAGUUUUAAGACUCGGUGGAGUUCAUUGUUAGUUGGAAAGGAAGUAGGUGGGGAGUAGGAGUCCAGACCAGGUGACCCCCCCAAAAAAAGUAGGAAAUGGGGUAAAAAUUCUUUUUGACUUUCGAUCUAUCAGAGCCCAUUUGUCUCGGGGCAUUUGGGCCUAAUACCUGUGCUCCAGUCAGGUUUUUGCUACUGAUGACUUUUUUAUUUUUCCCUUCUCUCUCUUGAUUUCUAUGCUCUGAUCCCCAGCUCACUCCACUUUUGGAAGUGAAUUUAAAAUCGUUUGUAGGUGGACACUGCUUUUUUUUUUUUGCCUAGGGAUUGGCUGUGUGGGGGUCUGUGCUCACCAGGUGCUCCUCAGCCCUGCCCUGAAGGAGCCCCAAAGCAGGGCACACAGCGUUCUGUUCAGUGUGACACUCAUGAAGUCUUCUCCGAGUGAGAUGAACCUUUCGGUUUGGAUUAUUUAACACCCCUCACCCUCCUUGCCCACCUCUACUAGCUAAAGUCUAGUAUGGAACCGAGAAGAGUCGUUGACUUCUAAGAACUUCCAUUAAAUUAAGUACUGACCUCCUAAUAUUUAAGUGUUUACUAUCUAUUGCUGUAAAGUUUUGUAUAUUUUGUAAACUUUUUUCCCAAAUAGUAGAUGUCUAAAAUCGUACAUCUGAUUCUUUUAUAUUCCAUUGUUCGGCACAAAGUGUGGUUUUUAUUUAGAAUAAAAAAAAAGGAAAUUUGAAAAUGGAGUUUGUUUCCUACUGACCAUGAACACGCACACCCCUGAGUUCAGAGCGUCUGGGCCAACCACCUUUUCACCUGUAGCAGCUUGGCGGAGGAAGACGCCUGGCAGGUCGCAUAUUUUCCUUUCCUGUGCCUGGAAUUCCCCAGGGUUGACUUGUUGACCUGCUUUUAGUGGGGAGUUAAGCCAGGGACCCAGCCUCUUCAGGAGGAAACAUGAGAGCAGAGAAACUACGCUGAUAUCUCGUUGGACUAGAUAAUGCUGAGUUCAGGGUUUGGCCACUGCCAUUGAAUUUCCUGUGACAACCUAGGUCUUAGUGGAAGAGACAGAGGUAAACAGGAGGCCGAGGCCUGGUAUAAUUUUAAU